AAUCAAGUUAGCCUACGCAAUCAUGGGGGUCAGUGGAAGAGACGUUGUAUUUCUUUGCUUUUGUUCAUUCGGCCUUGGUGUUUUCGUAGGCUAUAAAUUAAAGUCUACCAGAAUAAAAUAUCUCCAAUGGAAAAGGGACCGUUUACUAAACAAGUUAAAAGAAACAACGAACAAAAUUAACAUUGAAACCAGCGUUGCAGGUAUUCACUGAGAAGGCAAUUAUUUUAAAAAACAAUAAAACUGUUUCCUGUUUUCUUCCCAUGAUGCAUUGUGUUGUUAAUAAUAAAUGCGCAUGGCAUCAAGUUAGUGUUAAGUUUUCGCUUAUGUUUCAGAUAUUGUGUUUAAUUUCAUCAUAGCUUAUGAACAGUCUCAGAAAUGUCAGGGUUUGAAAAUCUCGGCCUCGAUGAAUGGCUCGUCAAACAGUGCCUUUCAAUGGGAAUUUCGAAACCAUCCCCUAUUCAAAGCAAUUGCAUACCUCCGAUCUUGGAUGGACAGAAUUGUGUAGGUUGUGCCAAAACGGGCAGUGGAAAAACUGCUGCCUUCGCACUACCAAUUUUACAAAAACUCUCAGAAGACAGAUAUGGACCUUAUGCGCUUGUCCUUACACCUACUCGUGAGCUUGCGUUUCAGAUAGCAGAUCAGUUCAAAGUGUUGGGUAAAGAAAUCAAUAUAAGUGUUACUGUAAUCACUGGUGGAAUGGAUAUGGUUCGACAAGGUCAGGAUUUAACAGUAAAACCACAUAUUGUUGUUUCUACUCCUGGCCGGCUUGCUGAUCACUAUGAAAGCUGUGACACAUUCAGUUUGAAAAAAAUUAAAUUUCUUGUUCUUGAUGAGGCUGAUCGCCUGUUAGAAGAUACUGGUUUUGCAGAGCAACUGGAAAUUAUUUUCAAAAAGCUUCCAGAAAAAAGGCAAACACUACUCUUUAGUGCAACUAUGACACCAGCUAUUAGACAGCUGCAGGAAUCAUCAAAAGAAAAGGUGUUUUCGUGGUCACAGUCAGCAGUUGUUGCCACUGUGGAUGAACUUGACCAGCGUUACGUGCUUAUGAAUGCAGAUGUAAAGGAUGCAUACCUAAUGCAUAUUCUUGAUGUAUACACUAUAGAAAGAUCAAAGAGUUCCAUUAUUAUUUUUACAAGUACUUGCAAAUAUGCACAAAUUCUUUCAAUGAUGUGUGAUGAUUUAGGUUUUCCAUGUGUUUCCCUGCACUCCAUGCUGCCUCAGAAAUAUCGAUUGUCUGGCUUAACGAAAUUUAAGUCGGACCAAGUAAAAAUUUUAAUUGCCACCGAUGUUGCUAGUAGAGGCUUAGAUAUUCCCACUGUGGACCUUAUUAUAAACCAUAAUGUUCCAAAUCGACCAAGGGAUUAUGUUCAUCGUGUUGGACGUACAGCUCGUGCUGGCCGAGGUGGUAUGGCCAUCACCCUGGUAACUCAGUUUGAUGUUCAUCUCACUAAAACUAUUGAAUCGUUUAUAAAUACAAAACUGACAGAGCACCAAACAGAUGAAAAGGAGGUUAUGAAACUUCUUACAGAAGUUGCUGUUUCCCGCAGGGAAGCUGAAAUUCGUUUAGAUGAAAGAGACUUUGGUGAGAAAAGACAAAUAAAUAAGAGAAAGAAACUUAUUUUACAAGGGAAAGAUCCUGAGGAAGAAGAAGAACAAAAAGCUAAGAAAAUGAAACAAAAAGAUGGAAAGACAAAGGAUCAACGAGAUGCAGAAAAGCUGCAGAGAAAAGAGAAAUUUAAAAAUAAAUUUAAAAAGAACAUAGCAACGAAAAAGGUUUCUUAGAGGGUUAACUUUUGUUAGAUUAUCUUUCUGUUGAUGAAACCUCUAAUUUUAAUUUAAAUACAAAACUAGUGCUGUAUGUGUAAGAAUUUAAUUAUGGUCAUAAUAUUGGCAUGACCGACAUUUUAUUUUCCAUAGUCAUAGUCAAAGUGGUGGUUACCAAACUUGUUCCUGCACCUUUUGUCAAGUACACUUCAAAGUAACUGUUAUAUUCUCUAUGCUUAAUAUUUUACCCUAUAUGACCUAGUGUACCUAUUCAUUUUCACUGUCAUUGUUUAGAAAAAAACUGAUAAUUUAAAAAAAAAAUAAACAAGAAGUAAUACUUCAUUAAAUUCACCUGACUAUAAUCACAUCAGUAUUGUAGAGGCUUCUUCUAACAGUUAUAACCGAGUUACUCGUUUUAACUUUAACCAUUCAAUGUCACACCCUGUUAUAUGAAUGGAAAUAGAAUUAUGCAUUUUUUAAAAUGUAUUUUCACAAUAUUUGGAACCACUGAUCUAAAGGCUACCGGUACUGUGUGUAUUUAAUUAUUUUUGUGUUUUUUAGACUAAUGUAACUCAAACUGUACCAGUAUUUCAGAACACUACCAUUUUAUAGACUGAUAGAAAUAAAAAUUAAUACAUCUACUUACUGACCAAUGUUUCAUAUUACAGUUAUAUCAAUUUAACAAUUUAUAUUUGUUUUUUGGUUUCAAUCUAUGGCAUGGUUUAGGUACUCAUCUGAAACAAGAAUAUUUUUUUUGCGUUUUGUUAGUUCAGUCUAUUAAUAUUACAUUCAUUUCAGGUUUUUUUUCCAGGUUUUAUUUUUAAAAAUCUCAAUACCAUCUUAAAGAAAUUUUAAAAAAUCAAUUUCUUAAGAUUUGUAACUGUACCAGCAUUUACAACUUCAUUUUAACUGAAUAACUACCAGAUUGAAAAACUUGCUGUGGCUUAAUUAAAUAUAGGUCACAUUUUUUUCAUUUCAAGUGUAUGUACAAAUUCAGCUGCAGUUUUCUUAAUUAUUAAUAUAUUCUAAUAAUUAAUAAAUCAUUCUGUG